GCAGUGUAGUCACACACAGUGAAUCGGUGAAUCUGCAGAGCCGGGGUUGUGUUUGUGUUGUCAGUGGUGGAAAUCCUGUGAAAUCCAGGCUGUAUUUAUCUGAAUCUGCUGGGAUUUGGUUGAACCAGUCUGAGCUCUUUAUAGCCUGUAUUUUCCCGGUUCCUGAGCGCUGCUGAGAGACGCUGAGCGGGAAUGUCGGGGAGCGGCGGAGCGGCGGAGGCGCUUCUGUCUUAUGAAACUCUGGUGCACGCUGUGGCCGGAGCCAUGGGCAGCGUGACCGCAAUGACUGUGUUCUUUCCGCUGGACACAGCCAGGAUCAGGCUUCAGGUGGACGAGAACCGGAAGUCCAAAUCCACUCCUGUCAUUCUCUCUGAGAUAGCAAAGGAAGAGGGGAUAAUGUCUCUGUAUCGAGGCUGGUUUCCGGUCAUCUCCAGCCUCUGCUGUUCUAACUUUGUCUACUUCUACACUUUCAACUUCCUGAAGAAAGUGAUGAUCCACGACAAACGGCAGUCCAGACCUGGAAAGGACCUCGUCAUGGGCUUCAUCUCAGGGGCUGUAAACGUGCUCCUGACGACGCCGAUGUGGGUGGUGAACACUAGGCUGAAGCUUCAGGGAGCCAAAUUCCGGAACGAGGAGCUUCACCAGACCCACUACAAGGGCAUUUUUGAUGCCUUCUCCCAGAUCAUCGCUAACGAGGGAGUGGGAACUCUGUGGAACGGCACGCUCCCGUCCCUGGUGCUGGUGUUCAACCCAGCGGUGCAGUUCAUGUUCUACGAGGCCAUGAAGAGGAAGGCAGGGCGAGGCGGAAGACGGGUGUCAUCAGUUGAGAUCUUCCUCAUCGGGGCCAUCGCCAAAGCCAUCGCAACAACAGCCACAUAUCCACUGCAGACCGUCCAGGCCAUUCUGAGGUUUGGUCAGUACAAAUCACAUGAGAAAGGGGGUCUAAUGGGCAGCGUGCGCAAUGUGGUGGAUUUAUUAAUGGACAGAAUCAAGAGGAAUGGAGUAAUAGGCUUGUACAAAGGUCUGGAGGCCAAGCUCCUGCAGACGGUCCUGACCGCCGCCCUCAUGUUCGUGGUGUACGAGAAGAUUGCAGCGGUUACCUUCAGAAUGAUGGGCAUCAAUAAGAAACUGAAGCACUGAGAUGUGUGUGGCCUUAGUAAAGUCCUGAAUCUAACCGGGUACAGCCUGCUGUCCCUGACUACCUCUCUCACCGCACUCAGGCACACUCCACGCCCAGCGGCACCUGCCUGCCAGUGCGGGUCUCUGUAGAUACGCCUCGCAAAUCUCGCCUCAAACCCUGCAAGUCUCUUAUCAUUAGUUUACUCCAGUGUCUUCUGAUUUAAACAGUUUUGCCUCUAACUGCUCUGGGGUGAGUUUCCCAAAAGAUCUGUAAUGCUAAAUACUUCAUUAACUAGUUCCUAUGAAUGUUUGCUAAUUAAUAAGCAUGUUUUUCUCUUCAGAAACUGCUAGUGUGCCAGGACCAAGUACUAUGUGAAUUUAUUUGCCAGAUUUUAAUGUAGUUGAACCAUCACACCUUUAUUAUUUACCUUCUAUGUUCUGUAAAUAGGGCUAGAAUCUCCACAGUCCUCAUAUUUCCACUCUUUCUUUUUCUCUGCUCCGUGUCUGCUUUUCCUCUCUUUAUGUCCCUUCUCCACACAAGCGCUUAUUAAUGAGGGAAGAUAUAGUUUGAUUGAUUUUAACGCAUCUGAAAAUUUUACGCAUCACAGUCAGUCAGUUUCAGACUGUGUGAAAGAAACAUAUAUUGAUAUACAUGCUUUUUUAAAUCUGUAAAACUGGCCCAUGAUAAUAUUGUGGACAAAUAACGAUAAGUAUAAUACAUAUAUAUAUAUAUAUAUAUAUAUAUAUAUAUAUAUAUAUAUAUAUAUAUAUAUAUAUAUAUAUAUAUAUAUAUGCACAUAAUGAUAAUGAUAAUAAUAAUAAUAAUAAUAACAGCAAUAUUAAUACUAUGUUUGAAUAGUCUGUGGCAUUAAUACAUAUUUUAGUUGAUUUAUAAGAUCAUAUAUAUAUAUGUAUGUUUGGCUAAGGAAUGUUCAGCUGUCGCAAAAUACAGCACAAUCAGAUUUCAGAAUCAGUAAAAUAAUGUUGUAUUUAAACAGUUACCCAGCAAACACACAAAGUUCUCACAACCUGUUCCACAUUCAUACAACGUUGCACAUCCAAAAGGUUGCACUGUAUGUUUUAUCCACAACAUUGUUACAAUCUUAUGACAUGUUAUCAUCAACUGACAAAAACACUUCUUUUUCAGAAUACAGCCUUUUCAACUAACUUUCUAAAAUUCCAAUCCUGUUCUAUUUAAGCAAUAAUACACUCAAGCUCGUGCCAUAAUGUGUAAUAUUGGCAAUGCUAUGCUGCGGUCAUAGGUCAGCAAUAUUAGACAUUACAUAACACGUUAUUUUAGGGACAAUAUAUAAUCCAGACAAAAAUAGUUAUUGUGACAGGCCUAGUUGUGGAUACAAAAACAACAGGUUAUCAGAGCAUAAUUAUUUGUUUUCUGCUUAAUUAAAAAAGGCAUAUUAAUUUAAAGUCAAAUCUAUGUUUUUGGGGUUUGACUAGUCGCAUUGUCUCGGAGGGAAAGAGACAACCAACAAAGAGUUUCUUUGAGCUCAUCUUUUCUUUACAGUAUCCACUUGCAGAACAGACUGUUCUUUUUCCUUAAUCGUUUAUGGGAAACUCACCCCUUACAUCAAGUUCUUAAGUGUUUCUUUGUUGUUUUUUUGUAUUUUCUUUUUAAUCAUGCAUAUCCUGUGUUACUGACAGCAGUGUUUUAUCAUCUACACAAGUUGUUUUUGUGUUUUUUACCCCACUUUUAUUUUCCUUAAGAACUACAGUGUCUUAUUUUUUUAUGUUCAGACAGUCAGAAGAUUUACUGUUCAGUUUUCUGUGAUCAGUUUGUGUAAAAUCAAACGUCCUUGCAUUUUUGAAGGGUAGUGAGGAGCACAUAUGUAUCCAGCGUGAAAGGAGAGAUUCUAACUCCGUCCUCUGAGAUGAGUGAGUGUUAAUUAAACAGCUGCACUGACUAAUUAGAUACUUUAAUUAGAUGUUUACAUGAUUGUGAUGCAGUUUUAAUGAAUAUGAAUACGUUGGUUUGAGCAGUAAAGGGAAAAUAAGCACUGAUGGUAGAAGCUCUGCUGGUGUUUUUUGAGUAUGUGAAGCAUCAGAUGGUCUUCAGUUAAGUUUAUCCACCGGGUGAAAGUGGCCUAAAUCCGAUGUUUGUUUAGGCUGUUUACACUAUCUCUUUGACCCCUUCUCUAAUUUGACCCCUAUCACACACGUCUGAACAGUUUGUGCUGUGUUACUGAUAGAGCUGAAACUAGAUAAUUAUCUAUUAUUUUAAUAGUUGACUAAACUCACAUUUUUUUUUGGAUUAGCCGUCUAAAUUGUUGCAACAAGUUUUUUUUUAUCUUUAGACAGUAAAAAGAGACUCAUCUAGCGAUUAUGUUUCCGAUUAGUCGAUAAGUCAUCGAUUAUUUCUGCCAUGAUCUCCAUUGCUGCUUCUUGUGGUUACGGCUCCUGUUCAUGUUCCCACUUCAAAACCAUAGAACCUGCUAAAUGUGAGAUCUUAAUGCCUAGAAAAAGUUUAAAAAGGGCUAUAACUAUCCAUUAUUUUUCAGAAAAGUAAAUGAUUAUUUCUUUAAUGCCCUUUAGCUCUGCUUCCUGUACAAAAUUUUGAGUCAACAAAUCUUCAUAAUCGACAUUGUUAUUUGUAGACAAACGAGCAGCGCUUCACGUGAAGUUUCGGUUUCAUCCUCGACAGAAUCAUAGAUGAGCUAUGAAGGAGUUUUAGUAACUGAUAGCUGGGCUUAUCUCUGAAAAUUGGCUUGAGGCAUUUUAAUAUAAUUGGAACAGAAACGGGAGUCAGAAUAUAAAUCUCUAAUCUUACUCCCACUAUUAUAAACCCCUCAGUCAUCGCUGUUUUCUAUUUUCCAUUCUCCUCAGAUUCAGAUCUUGCUACUUAGCCUGAGUCUCAUUGCUGCAUAUCUGAUUUGUGUUGGAUUAACGGCUGCAACGAUUAGUCGAUAUAAUCGACAAUGUCGAUUGUUUAAAUUUGUCGACUAAUUGUUAAUUUGUAACAGUACGUCAUUACACAGAGUGCUGGGGACAGAAGCACAAUGGGAGAUGGGUAAAUGGCUCACUUACACUCAACAAAGUCUCUCUGCAAAAAUGCCCAAACACAACAGAUUACACAUUUACUCACUAAAUAUCAGUACUUUCCACAUUAACACAAUACAGCUACACAUUUAAAUGCAUUUUAAAUCUUAUAUUCAGCUGUUUUUAUUGUUUUUAGAGAUGGUGAACAUAGCAGAAUAAUUGUUGACUAAUCAAAAAAAAAAAAAAAAAAAUCAGAUUAUCUAUCAAAAUAAUCAUUAGUUGCAGCCUCAGUUGGACAUGAAUUAGAUGUAUUGAAGUUCCCCAAAUCAGUAUUGAAAAUUCUGAUUAAAUGUUUUUUUUUGUUGUUGUUCUUAAAACCACAUAACAACAAAUCUGUUUUAUAUAUGGUGAAAAAGACAAUUUCAGCUGCUGUGUGAACAUAGCCUAAAGUAUGUGCUUAUUUUUAAUGCUUGAUUUAAGUGGAAUAUUGGCGUAAAGGUUAUUGGCGUAUUAGUUUAUGAACUUAUGGCAUUAGAGCUGUUAAUGUAUAUGUCUAACAAAUGUGUGAUGCUGAUUCAUUUUUUUUUUUAAUGAGCACCUUUAUUAAUUUAUAAAAUUACUAUUUUUUAUCAUUAACAUAUUAAAAGAAACCUUUUUUUGUAUGCGCACAUUUAAUAAUUUUAAGGUAAAGUUUCCAUAAAUAUAAACAUCAACUGAUAUCACUUUUCAUAACAGCGUUUCUUCACGUCUAUGCAACUAUUGUUUUUGUUUUUUCCCCCACAGCCGUCCACAAUACUGUGUUUAGCCAAUCACAGCUCUUAGUACAACUGAAACUAGUUUACAUUCUAAUAUAAUUUAGUUUCUACUUGAACAACUUAUUUUGUAACUAAUUUACUGGGAUGUACAAUUUUUUUGGCAUGAAGAAAUUAAAUCGGGCAUAGCAUAUACUUAUAUUAAACAUCA